GGCAAGCAGACAAGCUAAAAUCAAACAUAGCACUUGCAGCACUGAGGUAUACCUUUAGGUUAGGUAACAUACAUCCUCCUGUUUAAUCUCAAAUUGCGCCUCGCUACAGUCGCUAUGGAGAACGGUACGAACACCCAAGGUGAGGGUAAGGACCCGUCUGGGUUUCUGUCGGACAUCAUCGGCAAUCCAGUCACCGUCAAACUGAAUUCCGGGGUUGUAUACAAAGGCGAGUUGCAAUCUGUUGACGGAUACAUGAACAUUGCGCUGGAAAAGACUGAGGAGUACGUGAACGGCGUCAAGCGAAGGACAUACGGAGAUGCCUUUGUCAGAGGCAACAAUGUUAUGUAUAUUUCAGCCGACUCAUAAUCUAAAUAUUUGGUUCCUUCCGGUGGGAAUCAUCUGGAAAGGCUUCUCAUAAGGUUGCACGGGGUUUCCAACAGUACGUUAGGCACUACCUCUUCAUACUGGGAACGCUAUGUAUCUUGCACAUCCGGCCCUAAGAUGGGUUACGAAACUUUACGAGAAAGGCGUUUGAAUCGGAUCUCGUCUGGUUUAGAUAGAUAGCUAUAGGGGAGCCUCCGGCAGCAUAAUAGCUAUGAAUAUCCAUUGAAAUUCACGACCUAGAGCGAU